AUGAAUAAUAAAAGCUCCCCAGGAGGCUUUAUUCUCCUGGGCUUCUCUGACCACCCCAAGUUAGAGAAAACCCUCUUUGUGGUAGUGCUGGCUUCCUAUUUCGUGACUCUGGUUGGCAACACACUCAUCAUCUUGCUGUCUAUCCUGGACUCCAAACUCCACACUCCCAUGUACUUCUUUAUUUGCAACCUCUCCUUCCUAGAUCUCUGCUUCACCACAAGCUGUGUUCCCCAGUUGUUGUCCAACCUCUGGGGUCCAGAGAAGACCAUCAGCUUUAAUGGUUGUGCCAUUCAGCUCUUUGUGUUCCUGGCUCUAGGGACCACUGAGUGUAUCCUCUUGGCUGUCAUGGCCUUUGACCGAUACGUGGCAAUUUGCCGACCCCUCCAUUAUGCCAUCAUCAUGCACCCCCGCCUUAGCCAGAGACUAGCAACUACAGCCUGGAUCAUUGGACUAUUGGAGUCUGUGGUCCAGACACCACCCACUCUUCAUUUACCAUUCUGCUCCCACAGAAGAGUACAUGACUUUGUAUGUGAAGUCCCAGCCCUUAUCCGCCUUUCCUGUGAGGACACCACCCACAAUGAGAUCCAGAUGGCUGUGGCCAGUGUCUUCAUCCUGGUUGUGCCACUGACACUCAUUUUGGUUUCCUAUGGUGCUAUUGUCCAGACUGUGCUAAAGAUUAACUCAGCAGUAGGACGGAAGAAAGCUUUUGGGACUUGCUCUUCCCACCUCCUGGUAGUCUCCUUCUUCUAUAGUUCUGUUAUCACUGUCUACCUCCAGCCCAAGAACCCCUAUGCCCAGGACCAAGGAAAAUUCUUUGGUCUUUUCUAUGCUGUGGGGACUCCUGCACUAAACCCCCUCAUAUAUACCCUGCGAAACAAGGAGGUGAAGGGGGCAUUUGAGAGGCUGUUGGGGAAGAUCAAGCAACCAAGGGAGAGCUGA